AUGGAUAAAGAUUUAGUGGCAAAGCAAGAAAGUAAUGCAAUGAUCGGACAGCAACGUGGUGGUUUUCGAAAAUUGCUAAUGAAAAUUAGUGAAAAAAUUGGUGCAACGGAAAAGACGGAAUAUAAGAAAUGUUUCCAGGAUAUGUGCAAAGAAAUGGACGAAUACAAGGUUAUAAUUGAAGAUAUAGCACAGCAGUUAAUUUCAAUUCUUCAACAAGAUCCACGUUAUGUGCCAAAACCGCCCGGUAAAAUGGAAAUUGAAGCUCCAGUACAGGAAGAUCCUUUUGAAUUAUUGGAAAUUGCGCUUAAAAUAACAAGCAAUCAAAUGGAAUCAAAAAAAGAAUUUGAACAAAUUCAAACUUCGGCACUGAAACUUGCAUCGUUACGACGCCAAUAUCAGCGUAGAGGUCGCCGUGCUAUACACGGCAUUCGAACGUUCAUUAAUGUCGAUUAUGAAAAUAUUCGAGAUGCAAGAAAUGCAUUGGAAAAAUUCCGCCAGGCGCUUGAUUUCGCAAGGUAUGAGCUAAAAGGUGCCAAAACACCUGAAACAAUUCAAGUAAACAAUGCUCUUUACGCUGAUGCGCUUAAAAACUUUCAAAAACAGUUGUAUAAUGUAUGA